AUCGGCACUGACGUUAUAUCGUCUCUGCUCCACACCCCCUCCUCCUCUGUCUCUGCCUGUCUCCGCACUGCUGGCCCCUAUCCGUUGUGUGUCACAGGCGGUAUCACAGCAGCAGACAUUUGGCGAGGAAAAACACGGACUGCGGUCACAUACUGCGCGCUUAUGCUUCGCGUGGACGUAUCGGGGGCGAACAGGAUUGUAUAUUAAUUUUCGCGGCAUUGUGCACUGUCUCCGAAGAGCAUUUCUUCCUUUGACACCCCCUCCCAUCUGCUUGUGUGGAUGGUUGACUGCGGAUUUGAUGGUGCUGAGCAGGCUCGUCUGAUUGAAGGCUUGCGACCAGGGGGGGCAUCUGUGGGGCCGCAGGGAGAGAAACCUCUGUCCACGGCUGCGUCUGUCCUCUGCCCUGUGAUUGUGAAUGGACUGCGCUCCCCUCCGUGAUUUUCUGCAGUCGCUCUGAGUCAUUUGUGGAAGAAGAUGGCGGACAGGGCUGAGAUGUUUUCCCUAUCCACUUUCCAUUCCUUGUCUCCUCCUGGCUGCAGGCCAGCACACGACAUCAGCCUGGAGGAGUUUGAUGAUGAAGAUCUCUCUGAAAUCACGGAUGACUGCGGGAUUGGACUCAACUAUGACUCUGAUCCUUAUGAGAAGGACUCCCUCAUUCUGGAGAAGAGUGACAUGCACCACCCAGUCUGCUCCUUCCAGGAUGACUUCCAAGAGUUUGAGAUGAUUGACGAUGAAGAUGAGGAUGAUGAGGAGGAAGAGGAAGAAGAUGAAGAGGUUGACCCUGAUGCACCCCCGUCCCCCUCUGCCUCCCCCCCUCUCUCUCCUACUCUUGGCACUCUGAAGAGCAGACCCACCACAUUGAACCUCACCACUGCUGUGUCACAGGAUUCACUGAACAACAACAGCAGUCUCUCCCCAAAGAAAGGAAGCUGGCAGGACUCUUUACGCAAGACCUCACAGGGUCGUCUGUCUCCAACCCACUCAUGUCUGGAGGAUGGUAGCCAUGUGACAGGCCAGUGCCCAACCUCUCCAGUUUCCCAGGCACCAGGGUCUCAGAGCAAAGGUAUUCCACCAAAACAGGCAGGGGAGGGCGGGAACCCCCAAUCCCCUCAUAGGCCCCUCCUCUGCGACAUCGAGGGCAACAGGCGGGAGAGGCCCGAAUACGGCUCAUUUGGUCAACACAAGUCCCACCCUUUCUCUGGUGAUGUCACUGAGUCAAAAGUAGACCCUUCAGUCCAGACAGCCAGAGUACCUUCUGUAGACGAGCACUCCCAGUGUUCGGACACCGAGGUGGACCAUGACCUCAACAGCGACCACAACCACAAACACUCAAACCGGCGUGCCACUGACACUUACACGAUCACCAGUGAGUCUGGUGUGGAGCCGGAGAACGAGCUAGAUCCAGAUGGAACCAGUCGCUGCUUGUCAUCCACUGCACCCAUGGGAGCCAACGACGGUGCCGAUACACCCUUCUCUGAUGAAGAGCUGGAGAAGGACUUUGAGGUGGAGUUCAUGUGUAAGGAGACUUACGAUAUGGUGUGUAAGGAGAAUCAGUCGACUUAUGUGGAAUUCCCCUCCAUUGAACCCGCCUCCUUCUCCAGCUUUAUGGCCAACAGCCGCUCAGAUGUUCUUGACCGGUCCAACAGUUCCGAUGCAGCAGUUUCUGCCAUGGAGGCAGCCGCUAACGACUCCACCUCUCCAUCCUCAGACCCAGGGAUAGCAGACAUGAACCAGCAGGGUUACAUGACUUCGGACCAGGACAAGGACCUCAGCUCUCCAGGCUCUGACUCUGACGUUGAAGGGGAGCUGGAGGCAGCGUUUGCCUGUGGAGGUCCCGUGGUCUCCAACAUGAUCUCCUCUAUCUCAGAGACAGAGCUUGACCUGACAAGUGAUGACAGCAGCAGUGGACGCUCGUCUCACCUCACCAACUCCAUUGAGGAGGCCAGCUCGCCUACAUCAGACCAGGAACUGGACCCGGACACAGAGUUAGAGCAGGACAGUGGCAUCGUGGGACUGAAAGUGUCUUUACUUCUGGGCCAACCUGACCCAAUCAAAGAAGGGUCUCCUCUUCCCUCUCCUUCCCCUCUACCCUCACCCACUAUUGCUACACCAUCCCCUGUUGACUCACCCAUCUUACCCCCUGAGUCCUACGAUGAUGAUCGAGCUCUGAUGGGGCUGCAGAAUGUGGACGAUGAGCUGUCUUUCGAACACCAGGCUGACCCAGAUGAAACUUUGCCUCCAGCCCAACAAUGUGAAGACAGCAUGUCCAGACAGAUGGUACUGCAGAUAGAACCAGACCACAGUCUAGAGAGCUUCAAACGCUCCUUCUACCUGCCAGUGGGACCCAGGCUAAUGCCCAAUGCAGAUGAAUAUGAUGGAACCAGUGAGGGAGACUCCGAAUCAGAAAGCGAAGACGACCUGAGCGAGAACUCAGACUCACCAUGGCUGCUCAGCAACCUGGUCAACAGGAUGAUCUCAGAGGGCUCGUACCCAAUCAGUUGUCCUGAGGACUGCUUCAAGAGGAAGGUGUCUGUGUCAGACACCAUCUCACCAUCCUCAGACAUUGGAGAUGGAGAUGGUUUCAAUGAUGAGGACCAAGAGAAGAAAGCAGAGAUGGAGGGAUCAGAGGAAGAAGAGAAUGAAGGAGAGAGGAGGAAGAGUGUGGAGUCUUCAAAAGGAGCAGUGAUGAAUACCUGUCUGUAUAUGAACAACUGUACUGGUGACACCAUAAACCCUGUGAUCUUAGAGCGCUGUGCAAACAACGGGAGGGGGACCACAGAUUUCAACUCCUUAGAUACCACUAAAGACUCUGAGAAGAACUUCACAGACAAACCAUCCAAGAAUGCCAGGAGACAGGAGGAAGAUGAAGAACCCAACAAUGACUUGAUGAUGCUAGAGGGAAGGAAGGAUCUGGACUCACCAAGCCUCAGUGAGAGUGUGGUCAGCGACAAGGACGAAGGACGAGAAACUGAGCCCAGGCCAACGAGUCGUUCCUCAGCCUCUCUUGAGCGUAUCACCGAGGUUAAACAAAGCCUGACACUGGACAUACCCACUGCCCAGACAAACCGCUGCUUCAGCCUCACCUACUCCACGGACAAUGAAGAAGAGGAGGACGACGGAGACUCUUACCCAUUCCUGGGUGGCUUGAGGAAGCAGUCCUACAGGGGAAGUGACUUAGAGCUUGACAGUUCACCACCCCUUGAUUCCAGUGUGCAAGACCAUCUCAUAUCUGACCAUGACCUACCACUGUGUGAGAAAGAUCUGGCUCUGAGGCAGCCGAAUGAAGAUGAUGGACUGGCGUAUGACUCCAUGAAGUACACGCUGGUGGUGGAUGAGAAUACUACGCUGGAACUAGUCAGUCUCAGAAGGUGCACCUCCGUCCUGAGUGAUGACAGUGAGCUCUCCACGCUAUGUGACGAGGAACCUUUGGGGAGAGGGGUGGACUAUGGUCACGAUGAUGAGGAGGUGAGGCCAGAACUUCUCAGUUCUUCUGAGGACUCAUCCCCUGAGGCUGACCUCCCAUUCUCUAAGAAGUUCCUCAAUGUGUUCGUCAACAGCACCUCCCGCUCCUCCAGCACAGAGUCCUUUGGGCUUUUCUCCUGUACCAUCAAUGGAGAGGAGAGGGACCAGACACACAGGGCAGUCUACAGAUUCAUCCCCAGACAUGCAGAUGAGCUGGAGCUGGAUGUGGAUGAUCCUUUGUAUGUGGAGGAAGAAGAGGAUGACUACUGGUACCGAGGCUAUAACAUGCGAACAGGGGAGAGGGGCAUCUUUCCUGCUUUCUAUGCCCAUGAGGUCAUAGGCCAGUCUAAGGAGCUGUUGGGCAUGAAAAGAAAUCCAGCAUGGAUUGAGACUUUCAGCGUUCAGUUUUUGGGGUCUGUUGAGGUACCUUAUCACCAAGGCAACGGCAUUCUCUGCGCCGCCAUGCAGAAGAUCGCGAUAUCAAGGAAACGGACGGUACAUGUGCGACCUCCUUCUCUGUGUGAGCUGGAGAUUAGCUUGCAAGGAGUGAAACUGAUCAUGAGUCUGGAGGAUGAAUAUGACACACUCGAUGAGUAUGACAGAUGUAGUCACUUCUUCCAGAUGAAGAACAUCUCCUUCUGUGGAUGCCAUCCGAGGAACAACUGCUACUUUGGCUUUAUCACUAAGCACCCCAUGUUGAACAGAUUUGCUUGCCACGUGUUUGUAUCCCAGGAGUCCAUGCGGCCUGUAGCAGAGUGUGUUGGACGAGCCUUCCAGGAGUACUACCAGGAACAUCUGGAGUACGCCUGCCCCACCGAGGACAUCUACCUGGAGUAAGAAGUGUUGCCAUGAUGACCCACCUUCUUUCUCUGCAGCUUGUGUAUGUUCAUCAGGUUUGCCACCAGAGGGCGCUGUCAGUGGGGUCUUCUCUCCAUUGUAAAAUACUCCUUUGUGUCCCUCUAAAACUGGGAUCUUCAUUUCUACAGUAUGCUAGGCAUUUGAAUGAUUUCAUUCAUCCCUCUCUCUGUUUAUUUCCAUCAUCUCGAUGGAUUGAUUGCCUGUUUCUUUUAACUUUUUCUAUGAUACAAAACUAAGACGCUGAGCACCUGUUUAUUUAAGGGUUCCUCUUUUGAAAUGAAAACAAUAUACCUACUACUGCUGUUUCACUUUUCAAUGCAUGGCUAGUAGGGUUACUGCACACAGACACACCAAGAAAUACACAUAUCUAAGUGAAUGGCAAGCAGCUCAACAAUCAGUACAGAAAUGGUGUAGAACCAAGAGGUCGGCGUUUAAUUAACUGUAAAUAUGUAUUUGUUCAAAAUAUUAUAACUGCUAAUUUGAUUUCUACUGAUAGUGACAUUGGAGCAAAGUAGAGAGAGUGCAGUGAACUGUCCUUGGUCCGAGCUUACCCCUGUGUCGCGUACAAGACGUAGUGUGUGUUGUAAAUAUAUGUAUAGAACGUAGACAUGCAGGCGCCUCAUCCAGACUAAUUAAGAAACACUCACAGCUGAGACUGAUGGAGGGGAUUUUGUUUUAUUGUGGGUAUUAAUGACUCACUCUGACAGGAGUAACUGCAGGUGUAAGAGAUUUUAGAGUGAUGACUUGUGAUGAACUUUGAAUGUUAAUAGCCCCACAGAUAUUUCAUUCAGCUUGGAUUAGGUGCAGUAAGUGUCAGCACAUUUGGAUGAUACGACAGAUCCAUUUUACUCUUCGCCCAGUCCUCAAAGUUGCACUGCUUGCUGACCUUCGACGUAGGGAGCUUUCACAUGAAAUCAUUCAACUGUUAAAAUUGCAAAUCACUGAUCGCUGUAUGCUUUGCAAUGACUGAUGUGACUUCCAGGUCAGAGAAAGCAAAAGCCCUCUGAAAAGCCAUAUUCUCAUACCUCUGACUGUAUAAAUCUGGUUGUCAGGGA